AGUGUGCUUCCAACUGUCGAAUACCACACAAAUAGAAUAAUGUAUAGGUGGUUCUCCCAUGCAACUUAUAAAAACCAAACCCGGCGCCGACUGAAUUUACAAAUAGCAUGUUGCUCUCGGUGUCAGUUGGUUUGCAUAAGUUAAUGCUAAACAAAAAAAAUAUACUGCUAUUGUAUUCUGGAACAUAAAGGUCAGGUACAGUAGUCGCUGUGAAAUAGAACCUUUUGUUCUGCGGGAAACUAUAAGAUCUACCAAACACCAAUUUAUAAUACCCGCAAACGAUUAGAAAUUAAAUUCGAGUUCAAAGUUUUAAUUCGCAAGUUUCUACUGUAGGCGUAUUAAAUGCCUAUAAAAAGGGCCCCAGAGUCGAAACUUUUUCUAUUUUAAGUUUUCACUUCUGGUUGUACGUUCCGCUUCGAGGAUUAGGGAACUGCAAAGUCAAAAUGGAAACCGAUAUCCAAAGGUUUUACAGAAACAAAACCGUUUUCAUAACAGGAGGCACCGGAUUCUUGGGAAAAGUUAUGGUUGAGAAACUCUUACGAACCACGGAGGUAAAGCAAAUAUAUUUAUUGAUCAGACCGAAGCGUGGCGUGGAAAUUCAGGAACGAAUCAGCGAAUGGUCAAAGGAUCUUGUUUUUGAACUCCUACUGAAGUCCAAGUCAGACGCUCUGCAGCGAGUAUGCCCCAUCGCUGGAGAUUGUCUGGAGCCGGACCUGGGCAUAAGCGAUACGGACCGAAGGCUCCUGGCAUCAGAGGUGCAGAUCGUUCUUCACGGAGCAGCCACAGUACGGUUCAACGAGCCGUUGCAUGUGGCACUGGCCAUCAAUACUCGUGCCACGCGACUGAUGGUGCAGCUGGGGAAGCAAAUGGUCAACCUGGAGGCAUUUGUUCACGUCUCGACAGCCUUCGCCAACUGUGUGAUAGAUCACAUCCAGGAAAAGUUCUAUCCUGAACUUCUGACGAACAGUUCUGAGAAGGUGCUGGAAAUGACUGAUCAGCUAGGUGAUCAGCUGAUAGACAACAUGACGUCUGCUCUGCUGGGAUCGUUUCCGAACACCUAUACUUACACCAAGGCUCUUGGCGAAGAUGUGAUCCUUCGGGAGGCGGGCGAUUUGCCCUUGUGCAUUUUUCGACCAGCCAUUAUUAUUGCCACCUCCAGCGAACCCGUGUCAGGUUAUAUUGACAAUCUUUACGGACCAAUAGGGUUAGUGUAUGGAGUCGCUCACGGGGUCAUACGCAUUGCGCUGGUCGAUGUGAACGCACAGAACAGUGUGGUUCCUGUGGACUACUGUGCCAGCAUGGCUUUGGCGAGUGCCUGGAAAACAGCUGCUUCAGCUGUGAGAACUUCAUCGCCACCUCCUAUCUACCACCUUACACCCAGUGAGCAAAACCUUUUGACCUAUGGCGCAUUCAGGGACAAGACGCAGUCAAUUGGCGAAAAUUAUGCAGUGACGAAGAUGCUGUGGUACCCCUUCAUGCAUUUCAUGACCACUUCCUGGCUCUUUCCCCUGGCUGCGUUUUUCUAUCAUACUCUCCCCGGCCUUGUAGUGGAUCUGGCACUUUGUGCGAUCGGCCGAAAGCCGCGCCUGUUAAAAAUAUACCAGAAAGUACAUAAGAACAUGCUGUUAUUGAGGCCGUUCACCUGCCGGAGUUGGAAGUUCGGUACGAAAAACAAGGAUAGGCUGUGGCAAAGUAUGUCGCCACAGGAUCAGGAGAUAUACAACUUUGACAUGUUGGCUCUGGACUGGGAUAGUUAUUUCAAUCGUGCCCUACGCGGAAUGCGCUUCUACCUCUGCAAAGAGCCACGUUCUCCGUCCUCCAUUGCUGAGGGUCAAAGGGUAUGGAGGCGGUUUCACAUGCUGCAUCGCACGUUGCAGCUGAUUCUUUUGUGCAGUGCUGCAGCUGCUAUCUGGCUGCUUCUCAAUCUCAUUGCUGCUUUUUGAAAAAUACUAAAGUACCAUGUUGAAUACUUGAAUUAAAUUAAUAUUAUUUAAAAGAUUAUACAACGAUGGUGAGAUAACCUGAACUCAGUUUAUAUAGACAAAUACAUUUACAUAUGUAUCUCUAUGGAAAGGUCACAGCGCACUAAUCCCAUGGGUUGGCUGGAAUGGGGGCUUCAAGUACGAGUAUUACUCGAAUAGAGCCCGCGGGUGAAAGAGCUUUUUUCAGUACGUAACCCUACCAUCUAUAACUGCAAAGCCACACUGCGAUAGAGCGAAGGAGCGCACACGUGUCGGCAAUAUGAAGCCUGGGGAAUCAGUUCGUGCUUGGCUUUAUUUGGGGUAUAUUAGAUUUGUGGUGAAAAUGGAUGUGUGUAACGUCCAGAAGG